GCCAAUUUUUCGACUCUCGCUCUGCAAUGGCUUUUCCUGAACUGUCUUCCACAGAGAAACCCAUUUUCCUCCAAAGUAAAGCCAUUUCACUGGUCGUUAAUGGAUUCCUAUUUGUCGUAGGUGCUUUUGUUGCUGUUUCACUCCUUUUGGAACUCUUUUCUCUACUCAAUCCUUCCCCUACUUUCCAAACGCCAAUUAGUAUUCCUGUUAAUCCACCACUCGCCGCCGUUAACAUGAGCUAUGAUCCGCCUGAUCGUACUUUCUACGACGACGUGGAUUUUCUGAACUAUUCCAUUGACAGCUCCGUCAAGAACUGGGAUGUUAAAAGAAAAGAGUGGCUUAAUUUCCAUCCUUCAUUUGCUUCCGGUUCAAGCAAUCGGAUUCUCCUUGUUACAGGAUCGCAACCUUUCGCUUGCAAAAAUCCGAUCGGGGAUAAUUUGCUGUUGAGAUUUUUCAAAAACAAAGUCGAUUAUUGUCGGUUACAUGGAUACGACAUUUUCUACAAUAAUGUUCUAUUGCAUCCCAACAUGACAUCGUUUUGGGCUAAGUACCCAAUUGUAAAAGCUGCAAUGUUGGCUCAUCCGGAGACCGAGUGGAUUUGGUGGGUUGACUCAGAUGCAGUGUUUACAGACAUGGAGUUCAAGAUUCCACUAGAGAAAUAUAAAGAUCAUAAUCUUGUUGUUAGAGGCUGGCCAUCUCUUAUCUACAAGAAACAGAGCUGGACUAGCCUAAAUGCAGGUGUGUUCUUGAUAAGGAACUGUGAAUGGUCAAUGAAUUUCUUGGAUGCUUGGGUUAACAUGGGCCCACAAACUCCAAAUUAUGAUAAGUGGGGCCAGAUUCAAAGAUCAACAUUCAAAGACAAGAUGAUACCAGAAGCUGAUGAUCAAGCGGCUUUGGUUUACCUUCUUUUGAAAGAGAAAGAAAAAUGGGGAGACAAGAUUUAUAUAGAGGAGGAUUAUGAUUUGCAGACGUAUUGGUUAGAAGCUGUUCAGGAUUAUGAUAAAAUUACCCAAGAUUACAUGGAAAUUGAGAGAAAGGUGUCAUCUUUAAGGAGAAAACAUGCAGAGAAGGUGAGUGAGAGCUACGGUGCAUCAAGAGAGCAAUAUAUCAAGGUCAAGAACAACUUCAGAAAAAGACCUCUGAUUACACAUUUUACUGGGUGUGAACCCUGUACUGGUAACCAUAAUCCUGUUUAUUCUUGGGAAGAUUGUUUAAAUGGUAUACAAAGAGCUUUAAAUUUUGCUGAUAACCAGGUGCUUCAGAAUUAUGGUUUUCUGCACCAAAAUUUACUGGAUUUUUCCUCAGUGUCUCCUCUACAGCCCUGAGUAAUCAGUACUAUGAAAUACAGUUCACUUCCACUGAUCUACUGAUCUAACUGUCUACUGGUUGUUCUUGAUUAUUAUUAUUAUUAUUAUAAAUUAUUUUGCUUUUACUCCUUUUGAUAAGGAAAUUACCUUAUAAUGGUGUACAGAAAGGCAUCUUGAAAGCAGCUUAAAGUUGAAGGAUUGCACAUGAAAAAAGAAGGAAGGAUGCUUUUAGCAAUUAAAUUCUUGCUGAUGAUUGUGAAUAUUUUAUUUCGUUGAUUCUAAAGAAGCUCUGCUCUUUUUUCUCUUUU